GAGAGAGAGUCAAAUGCUUACUAACACAAAAUAAAAGUCAUGUCGCCUAACAACUGUCAGACAAGAGGGAAAACUUUCGACUUCAGAUACAUUUAUUUAUUUCGUAGAAGACCAUCCCCGCCCCCUGAAUCAACGUAAAAGCGCCUCUGUUUUCCACGCCUUCAAAGGCACGGAAAACGGCAAGAAAUCCGAGAUUUUCACCGGAUGCAUGAUGUCUUUUUCGCUCGGAACACGCUCGGCGAUAACAACAGCUAUGAUGAGUUAUACGUGUGAUAAAAUGGUGGCUGGAAACAGUAUGAUCAAAGGUGAUCUGCCCAGGUGAGGUGGCAUGGUCCAUACAGAUAUGGAGGUGGGAAGUCUGCCUGUUGAACUAUGGCGCCUCAUCCUGGCAUACCUGCCUCUACCAGACCUGGGCCGCUGCUGUCUAGUGUGCAGAGCCUGGCGUGAACUCAUUCUGAGUUUGGACAGCACUCGCUGGCGCCAGCUCUGUCUGGGAUGCCCCGAAUGUCGCCACCCGAACUGGCCCCGUCGUCCCCACCUGCCUCCACCCUCCUGGAGGGAGGCUCUCCGUCAGCACUCUCUCGCCAGUCGCACCUGGACCCAGAAUGGCUCUGAGCUCCACUCGUCCGCUUGCCUCCAUCUUUUCCGGCGACGGAAAGAUCGCAGGGUUUGGCACGUUGGGACAGUUGCAGGGGGUGGUUAUGAGACGCUAAGAGGGGCCUUGGCUGCGGCAGGGCCGUACGAUAAGGUGGUGCUUCAUGCGGGUGUGUAUGAGGAACAGGUGGAGGUGGCUCUCAAAGUGCCGGUGGAGAUUGUUGGAGUGGGGAAGUUGGGCGACGUGUCGUUGUUGGUUUGUUUUGACCAGCAGUGCCCGACAGCGAGGCUGUGUAAUUUAGUGUUCAUGCCAGGGUGGUUUUCACCUGUGGUUUAUAAGACGUCCUCGGGUCAUGUCCAGCUAGACAACUGUAACUUCGAGGGGUGUCAACUGCACAUCAGGGGGCCCGGAACAUGUCAGGCCCGCUUCUGCUCCUUUGCCCAGGGAAGCUCUGCCCACUUUCUGGGUGUGGCCAUCAGUUUAAUGGACAGCUGUGAAUUCUCAGGGGGAGAUUCCGCUUCUGUCACUGUGGAAGGUGCUCCUGUCUCUGAACGUAACUGGGCGUACAAACACCUGGUCGCUUUGGCCAAGACCUUUACCGUGAUGACUAAUAAUGCAUCUACUGAUCGAACCAAACACGAGGGUAAAGACAGCUCAGAAACGGAUAGUCCUGGAGACACAACCUUAGAAGGAGUAAACACGAUGGAGGACUGGAACAAACAGGAGGUAGAUUGGGAAACCAACUGGACGAAACUGAAAAAAGGAGAUAAUCUCAUUCCAGGUCAGGACGGCACGGUUAUUGAUGAAGAUGGUAUGGAAACAUCAAGUGAAUCAAGCGAGGAAGAAGAAGAGAAGGAUAGCGAGAAAAACACAGCCUUUAAACUAUCAUAUGAGCAACAUGGGCUGGCGCAUCUCUCCAAACCACAUUUACCUGAUUCGUCUGCUUUGCCUGAACUGUUGAAUCUGUCUAGAGAACUACAGAGGGAUGCAGAGGCAAGGGAAUUGGCCACAUCUGUUCAAGGCUGCCUGUUGCGUCACUGUCUGCUGCGGGAUGGAAAAGGUGGUGUGCACCUGUGCAAUCACGGUCAAGCUCGACUGGAGGCCAAUGUGUUCAGAGGACUCAACUAUGCAGUGCGCUGCAUCCAGAAUGCCAAAAUGGUAAUGUUGCGUAAUGAAGUGUGUGGGUGCAAGGCGUCUGGUGUGUUCCUGCGACUCUCUGCCCAAGGUCUCAUUGCAGAGAACAACAUUCAUUCGAACGGAGAGGCGGGACUAGACAUCCGCAAAGGGGCCAACCCUUUCAUACUGUGUAACAGAAUCCAUAGCGGCCUUCGUUCCGGAAUCGUUGUCCUGGGCAACGGGAGAGGUUCCAUUCGCAGCAACCAGAUCUACAGCAACAAGGAAGCUGGCGUUUAUAUUCUUUUUAACGGCAAUCCUGUUGUCAGUGGAAAUCACAUUUUCCAGGGGCUUGCAGCAGGCAUCGCUGUCAAUGAGAAUGGAAGAGGACUGAUCACUGAGAACGUUAUUAGGCAAAAUCAAUGGGGAGGUGCUGACAUCCGUCGGGGAGGAGAUCCAGUCCUGCGCAAUAACUUCAUCUGCUAUGGCUAUUCGGAUGGUGUGGUGGUUGGAGAGAGAGGGAGGGGUCUCAUUGAAGGCAACCACAUAUAUGGUAACAGAGGCUGUGGGGUGUGGGUAAUGUCAUCUAGUCUACCUCAGCUCAUUGGAAACUACAUUACUCACAACCGCAUGUACGGGCUGGCCGUGUUCUGCCGGAAGGAUGCAGAUCUGACAGUGAGCCGAGACGGCUAUCGAGAGAGAGGAGUGGUGGUAGGAGAGAGGGACAGAGGAGGGCCGGAGAACUUCAAUGAGGAAGGGGAGCUGAUGGCAUGGGAAAGCGACAUCGACAGCGAAGAAGAGCGAUUCUCCUCCCGUAGACCAAUCACAGUUGCUUUAGUGGAAAACAACUGCAUGAGUCACAAUGGAGUGGUUGGAGUCUAUGUGAAGAGCAGCGAGCCUCUGAACGUGGUUGCUAACAUGGUAAACAAUAACAGAGGAGCCGGCGUGUCAAUCAUUCAGAGCGCUCAGCUGACUCGUUUAGUCGGCAACUGCAUGCUCGGUAACGGCUGGAUGGGCGUGACCGUGGACCGAGAGUGCCGGGUGGAGCUCCGUGGCAACGGCGUCUAUAGCAACGGCUGCCAUGGGGUCUGUUUCCGGGGCGAUGGGCUGAUUGUGGAAAAUGAUGUGGUUGGAAAUAAUUCUGUCGGGAUACGAGUGAUGGACAACACGGAUGUUAAAGUGUUGAGGAAUCGUGUUCAGGCAGUGCGGGGUUAUGGGAUUUCUGUGAAGGAGCGGGUGCGUGGUGUGGUGCAGGAAAAUUUGGUUUAUCAGGGUCACCCUACGAAUACUAAAGCCCCCAUACGAACUAACCCACGGAACCAGGAGUGUGUUGUACUUAACAAUUCCCUGCUCACCCCCAGAUCACAAAUCCUUUGGGCUUUGGAAAAUCCACCUCCCCGUCCUCAGAAUACUAACCUUUCUAGUGUCCCUCCCUCAACAAACCCCGCUCACCUCGCCAUCACCAUGACAAACAGAAUCACUGCCUCCGUUGAAAGCGGUUGCCAUAACAAUGGCAGCAUCUUCUGCUCUAUUCUAUGAGGAACAGGGUUCCAUGGCCUCUUCAGAUUGACAUUUAUUAAAUAGAGCCCUCGAUGUGACCCCCAAACCACCUGGAAACCAUGUAAUAAUUUCCAGAAAACCGCUCAAUUGUGCUGGGUUCAGAAGAAAAACAAUCAAAACAUUUUUAAAGCGUAACUGGAUUAAGCCUCAAUUGCGUGUUGUUGCUCAAAAAGCACUUAGAACUACUUUACAAUAUUACGUUUAACCAAAGGUAGGUAGUUUGGUCCUUCUGAAUCAAACUAUGAAGGGUUGUGACCACUUUUUUCUGUUACAAAUCCACUUGGAUCUGAAGAGAAGCUGGUCUGGGAUCAGUGGUCGCUGCAGCUCUUACUAUUAUAUCACACACCUGAAGUCUGAUUCGAUUGUGCACAUUUGUGUUGGGAAGAUCAGAUCAGGCUUACAUCUCAAUUUUCUGAGACAGACUGUAUCAUUAAGAACUGAUGGAAGCAAUUUAGCAUCAAAUCAAGGUACUUUACUGCUUUUGGUUCUAAAUCAUACAUAAUUUCAUAACACAUACUGAUUUAUCUGCACAGUGAAAUUAAUGGGAUAGUUCACCCAAAAAUUAAAAUUCAUCCUUAUUAUUUCACUCACGUCACUCCAAACCUGACUUUCUUCAAAGAUAUUUUGAAGAAUGUUGGAAACCGAACAACACUGGCCCCCAUUGACUUUCAUUGUAUGGAUAAACCCAAAACAUUUCUCAAAAUAUCUUAUUUCUACAAAUAUC